AUGAUUUUGGGUCCAUUAUCUGCUUCGGUAUUCGUUGACAACCAGCCACUGCAGGAAUAUAAAGAAGCCCCGUCCGAAGCGCAGGGAGAGAAUAUAAUGACGUGUUGGAUUGCCUCAGAAGCGGGCAAGGAAUUCGAAAUCAGAGGGAAGAUUUUAAAGCCGCAGCCCUUAGGUAUCUGGGCAUCUGCCUUUGUGGAUGGUCUCAAAUGUCCUCCAUGGGUCUCGCCCCCGCGCUGGAGAGGUACUGUUGAAUUUGAUUGUAUAUCUGAUGGAACCGAUUGUGGCAGAUUGAUGUUCAAAGACAUUGAAUUUACUGACGAUGAUGACUCAGUGCUCGACGAUCGUUCCAGUGGCAUUGGUCAGAUUGUGUUGCGCUUGCAGAAAGGGAAGUUCAUCAAGGCAAAGUCGGUUAGGAAAGCAAAGUCCAAGCCGGCCAGGAGAGCAAAAUUGACCAGGAAUGCAAAGUUUACUGGGUUCGCGAGAUCUAAGAAUGUUGAUGGCCACACUCUUCAUGUGCAUGAAGGCAAGGUGCAUGAACGCUCGAAGAAGGGUCGUGAUCAUCGAGUUGGUUUGGGAAGAAGACUACCGGAUCAAGAAGAACAGACGACAUAUGAAACUAUCUGGAGCGACGAGCCUGCAACCGUGUUCAUAUUCAACUUUACUUCUUUGGACAACCUGCAAGCAAUGGAUAUAGCGCCACGAACGUCAAAUCUACCUAUCCCGGUUGAUGGGGAUAGUGACAAUAUUUCGAUCGACACGCGCAUCAAGGAGUUAGAAUUGGAGCUCUACCUCUUACGUGUUAAACAAACGACUGGCUCUACAGACCAAAGGCCAUCACCUAUCAAGUCGGAACAGUAA